CAUCAUCGACAUCAUGCAAAUGCUCAAUGAAUGAUUUAUCUAUGUUUAUGUAGUUUUGUAGUUGAAUGGAUGUGCUGUGAGAUGCAAGAGAAGGAAAAUCGUGAUUUUUGGUCAUCUACAUCUAGAUUCAAUUUUUAUUUCCUUCCCUUAUUUACUAUGUGAGAUUUUCUAUUUAUAAAACUACUCGAUCUGUUUAUGAAAUGUGUGUUUGCAUUAAUUUUAAUUCUUACGAAUAAAUUUAUAAAAAAACAUCUAAGUAAGUUCAUUUUCCUAUAAAUCGAAUAAUACUUCAUAGGCAGUAAGUGCAUAUGGAUUAAAUUAAAUUAAUUUUCGAAAGAACUUAUUUUAUAGCUAAUUAAAGAAAGGUUGGAAAUAUGUUAAUUAACAAAUUUGAAUAGCAACUUUCAUUCAAAUAAUAGCGAGUAAAUAGUUUAAUAAUUUGCGAUAUCAUAAAUAUCUAAAGCAUUGUUUGUUUAGUUUAAAGUGUAAAUAGUAGUUCUGUUAAAAAGAUGAGAAGUUAUUCUCCAAAAAUAGCCAUUUAAAUAUAAUCAGCUAAAGAAAUCUACAUGAAAUUUGUUGAAACGAUUGGAAACUUUUCACUCAGAAUA